CUAAUCUCUUGACAGGACGAGAAGUUCAUGCUGGAGAUUCUAAAGACUUCAGAGGGACAUAUGAAGCAGCCCAAGCUGAACAUGGAGACUCUGAGCAAGCCAGAGCUGCUGACGCUCUUCAGCAUUUUGGAGGGCGAGCUGGAGGCACGGGAUCUGGUCAUUGAUGCCCUCAAGGCUCAACGUAAAGAACUGUACAUCCAAGAGCGCUAUGGAAGGUACAACCUCAGCGACCCCUUCCUGGCCCUUCAAAGAGACAGUGAGGCUGUUGGGGAUAAGGACUCCGGGAGAUCUUCAUCUGCCUCCAACCCUCUGGUGGUUCUUAGGCUGGUGGUGGGCCACUGCAGGAGGAUGCAAGAGAAGAUGUUGGCCCAGCUGGCUGCAGCUGAGAGCAGGCAUAGAAGGGUCAUUGCAGAUCUGGAGGAGGAGAAGAGGAGGCAUGCUGAGGACACAGCUGAGGGAGAUGACGUCACAUACAUUUUAGAGAAGGAGAGGGAGCGUUUACAGCAGCAGCUGGAAUUUGAGCGGAGCCAGGUGCGGCGUUUGGAGAAAGAACAGCGGCGGAUAACUGACCAGCUGGAAGAGGAGCGGGCUCAGCAUAAGCAACUUUCCUGUGCCCUGGCCAAAGAGUGUAAGUGGGCCAGUGCCAGGGCCCUGGAGGAGGGACACAGGCUGACAGAGCUUGGCCGCAAGCUAGAGAAGGAGAAGGAAGCGUUCCAGGCUCUGAAAACUGAGUUGGAAGAGGAAAGGAGGAAAGCACUGCAGAUGGAGGCGAGGGUGGAGGAGCAGUUGGCCGAGUUUGACACUGAGCGAGAGCAGCUCCGCUCCCGCCUGAAGAAGGAGGAGGCUCUCUGCUCCCAGCUACAACAGCAGGUAGAGGAACUGACAAGAAACCUGGAGGCCAGUAUGUCAGGAGGAAAACUGAUGGGUGUGGACAUGGCAUCAUCAGCAGCAGAAGAUGGAGGAAAAAAGGAGGAGUGGGCCAAAAAGGUGCCCCUGGCAAAAAUGAGAACAGAGACCAUAAGGGUUGAGGACAUUGAGGAGGAGGAAAAUCUCAUGGCUGACCAGCCGAAAGCUAACGGUCACUAUUACCCCUUGCAGACCGAUGGACACCAAUCUGACUCUACCCUUGAUGCAAAAGUGAGCAUGGAGAAUGGAAAUGAAGAUGUCGACGUUUUACAUCCUGUCCCUCAUUCCACCCAGGUGUCCUCCUCCUCCUCCAACAGUGCAAGCCCCUCUUCUCUCACCUCAUCCCCCGGCUCCUCCCCUUUACUCCCCAAACGCUCUGGCCCUGGAAGCUACCAGUCCUCCUAUCAGGCCGGCAUCAACCAGCGCUUCCACGCUGCACGUCAUAAGUUCCAGGGUACUGUGGAUCCGGAGCCUCCGUCCCAGACCAGUCCGCCGCCUCCUCUCAGCUCCGCCAAGGACCCCGCCUCUCUUUCAGCAAGUCCCUCUGUGGAGGCCAGCCCAGUGAAGCAGCUAGCCCGUAGCACCGUCACCCAGGUCCUGUCUCGUUUUACCACCGCCCAGCAGAGUAACGGGGCCAAACUCCCUGCACCCAACAACUCGCCCUUUGGCACAGACUACCGCAAUCUGGCAACCCCCUCAUCUCCAGUCAUCGGGAGGGCUCUUCCUCAGGGGGUUAGAUCACCUACCAUCCCCAGGGCAGAUAGGGGUAUCCCUCCACCCAUCCCUCCCAAGAAGCCCGGUCUGGCCCAGGCCCCUGGCUCCCCGGCCCCAACGCCCAGGUCUGCUGGUCAUUACCCGGACAGUUCGCUCUCGGGCAGCUGCGGCCUGACCUCCAGCCAGGAGGGAGUCAAGGAACUCGACAUGGUGGUGUCUUCCAAUUAAUUAAUUGGUUGAUCAGCUAACUACCUAGCUGCUAGUCUUAUCUAUAUGUCAUCAUUUUGAUUCCAAUAUUGCCUACUUUCUUCCUAUGCUUAUAUGAGCUGGGACUCCUUUUAGACACUGUUAUGUGAUUCUGAUUAUAUUUAUUUGAUUUCUUUAUUGAAUCAGUUUUUUUUUUAUUAAAGUAUUUUCUGUUCGGUUUGGUUGUGGAGCCUGUACUUCUGAAACGUAUGAUUGCUUGUUUUUGUUUCAUGUUGGGAAUUUUUCAGAAUGUGCCAAUAUGCUGGUCACACUGUCCUGUUAUACUGACACCGGCCAAAAAAACAAAACAAAAAACAGAGGCCUAUAGAAAACAGAUAGUGCUGGGGUUUUUGUCUGAUGGUGUCAUAUUUCCCUAACAGUAGAAAUCAGUUAAUCAACUGCACCAGUAUUAUUCUGUCUGUAUUUAAUCUUAAUUAAUACCUUUUUUUAGCAAAGAGUCCUGAGACCAAAUAGAUAAAAACAGCUAUUGGAACCAAGUUACAUUUUCAUAAUUCAGUCUGUACUCAUAAAUGUCGUUUGUAAGAAUGUAUAGUUUAUUUUUAAAGAAAAAAUUCAGCAAUAAAUGUAUAAUAGUUUGUAUAAAGAAUAUAAUCUAACUUUUGUACUUAAUUUUUACUCAUGUAUUACCAGUGGGGUUGGCUAGAUAAGUGAGACUUCAUAUUUAUCAUUUUUUUUUAGAUUUAAGGCUAGAUUACAUUGACGUUAUUGAGACAAAACAUUAAGUCGGCUGUUGUUCCUUCUGGAAAACGGUAGUUAUGAUGAAGCUCAUAUAGGCUAACAUUGAAUCACUGUGCUACGCUGCUCAGGCUGAGUUCAUCUGAUGACCUGUAUUUUUCUCACAUGAGAAAGUGUGAUUACACACUGCAGGUAGUUUCUUAUUAUGAUAAUUAUCCUAACACAACUCCCAUGGUUGUACUUUACUGUUUAGUAAAUCUAUUUCAGUAUUAUAAUUUGCCGUUUGGCGUCUGAAUCAAUAAAUUGG